CCUGAUCAAUUGUCAAUGCCAAAAUAACUAAAAACAUUAUUCUAACCUCAAAACGCAAUUUUUUCUGAACUAAUUUAAUUUAUUAUAACUAAAUGUCUAAUAAGCACUUAUUUCUUAAGCCUGGAUUCGUCCGGGCGCCGCUGCAAAAUGGUGUAGGCCGUUACGUGCAGCAAUUGCAGAGAAUUGUACUGAAAUUCUGCAAAACUCAUGGUGGCAGUAGAGGAAUGAGGGAUUACAUAGAGCAAGACUUGGUCGACUUUGCAAAACAAAAUCCUGGCGUGGUGGUGUACCUGAAGCCGCGCCGCCACCGCAGCCCUGUCGUCGUCGCCGAGUACUUAAACGGCGAUAGAGUAUGGAUGAGUAUGCACAACAAGAGUCAAUCAGAAGUCACGAAGUGGAUCGAAGUGCUCCGCACGCAGCAGGGCGACGUGUCCGGGACUCGUCUGCGCAAGUUCCAAUACACCGACCACCCGUCCAUUCAGGGGCCAUGGAGCCCAUUCACGUUCAAGAACCCAGAGUUGAACACGGCGAAACUUCCAGACCCUAAAUUCGGCGCUAAUAAUAGAUUACCAAUGUCAGCCACAGAGCAGUUGAGGAUAAUGUUUGAAAAACAGAGGUUGAAUGAGAAAGAUUUGAAGACUGGGGAAUAGAUUGAGUCCAACAUUGGGAUCGAUUCUGAGGCAUGUCUCUAAUCUCUUAGCCUAAUAUUUAUUUAUUGUAAAAAUAAUAACUACUGGUGUAAUUAGAUCGAGAAAGCUCGACUAGUUUCAGGAUCAAUUCGUGAUCCUUAAUCAUGAGCGGCUGUUACAAGCGCGAGUUUGACUAAUUUUUUAAUUUGAUAAUUUCGUGGAAUUACUAUUUUAUGAACUAUCAUAAACUAAAUAUAUUAUAUAAUAUUUUUUACUUAAACCUAUUUUUUUUUUUUGAUGGGUGAAAAUGGUAUGGUAGCCCCGCCUGUGCUAACGGGAUACGCUGACGGAGCACCAGUGAAGGGUGAUAGAUGAGAAUGAAAAUAGGCCAGUUAGCCCAUCAUGAUUAAUUCAUCAGGAAUUAACCAUGAUAGUUUCCAGGUGGAACCGCGAGGUCGACCUGGUUGGGUAUAUUGCUAGCAAUGGGAUUCUCAGUUUCCAUUACUAACAAUCCCUUUCCCCCCAACUUAAACCUAUUAGAAAAUUAAUUCACAUUGGUUGUUACAAUAAAAAUUACGCUGUAAUAUCAAAUUGAAAUGGUUUAGAGGAAUAGUGCCUCAGAAUUGACCACUUUGUCUGCAAUCCAAUGUAUCUACGUCAUAAGACAAAUGAAAUAGCUAUAAAUUUAUUAAAAUAGAAAAAAAAGCCCCGAUGUAAAUAUGCAUAAAGAGCCGAUGACCUUGAAACGCCUGUACAGAUCACAAAUUGUAGAGCCAUAUCUAGAGAAGCAUAUUUGUUCCUAUUUCAUGCAAAAACUACUCAAUAAAUUUCGAAUGAAAUGUGCUACGUAGAUAGGGUAUACCCUAAGUUGCUAUUUAUGUAUCGACUCGCACCCGCACACGAGAAAAACCGCGGUAUAGACCAUGUAAUACAGUGGAUUGCAGUGUAGUUUAAAUUAUUUGUAUUAUAUAUAGCUGUAGUUAAUAGUUUACAAUAAAAAAUUCAUACAUUUA